GCGUAUUCGCCAGUAGGGUCUUAGGAGGCGCUAGCGGCGUGCGCGGUGUGGAGCAGACUAUUUCCCGUGAAUUCGUUCGUCGCGAAAACUCUAGCUAUAUGUCACUUUGUUGUUCUAAUGGGAUUGGGUCACAGCGAAGAAAAAUGCUGUUAGCGACGUGAAAGAGCAGUAUUUGUAGCGUGAAGACGGGAGGUUGCAAUGGUAUCCUCAGAUUACUAUUUGCAGCGCAGACAACCGAGGUUAUGAGCGUGACAUCCCUGCGUGCAGAGAACGCUGCGCCGUAGACUUGCAAGCUCGCAGCAAGUGCUAUGCAACUCGCUUAAAUGACGCCUAUUCUGCUGCUUCCUGCUUGUGUGGCUGCUGGGACUGGAUGGUUAUAUCUCCUGGCUACAUUCCUUCCGAGCAUUGGCCACGAAGAUAAUGUGGGUCGCCUAAAAUUUCCCAGUAGUCACCAAGAGCUGAAGGAAUUAGCAGGACUCCUGAGUGCGUACAAGGAGCAACACGCGGCUUAUGUCUUGCUACUUUUUUCGUCGGCAUACUUGUACAAACAAACGUUUGCCAUUCCUGGAUCCGUUUUUUUGAAUGUUCUCGCUGGUGCACUGUUCGGCAUCUGGAAAAGUUUUCUGUUGACUUGCCUCCUUUCUGGCCUUGGUGCGUCACAGUGCUACUUGCUGUCCAAAUUUUGUGGCCAGAAGUAUGUUGUGAGAUACUUUCCUGAUAAAGUAAAGCUUUUGCAAGACAAGAUAAAAAAAAAUGAAGAUCGCCUCCUCUACUGGCUUCUCUUUUUGCGCUUGUUCCCGAUGACACCAAACUGGUUUCUCAACAUUGCGUCUCCAGUUGUUGGUGUUCCUCUGCACCUGUUCUUCAUAUCAGUUUUCAUUGGCCUGAUGCCUUACAAUUUUAUAUGUGUGCAGACAGGCUGCAUACUUGCAGAGUUGAAGUCCAUGAAUGACAUACUCACGUGGACUGCAAUGGCCAAGAUGGCAGCUAUUGCAGGAGUUGCACUUUUACCAAGCCUUCUGAUGAAAAGAGGUGCCAAAAAAGAGUGAUAUAUGAACUGACAUGCGGCUAAACUUUCUUCAUUCAGAAUCCAUUUUCCUCAACUUGUUUUGUUCAGAUCCCAUUAAAAUAUAUAUGAAUUCUUUGUUUCUUGCCUAAAUUUAUGAUGAAUAAACAUAAUAUAAUGAAGCACA